AUGCUCUCCAGCGAAUUAACCAGCUAUUUCGCUCAGGCCUGCCUGCUUCCCUGCUCUCAAAGUCAAUGGACGCCAGGUAUCUGUGGCUGCAGCUUGCGCCAGACCGACGUUACGCACGCUUUCUCCGUUGCUUUCUUUGUUCUUCCCUUGCAGCAAUACGUGGCUCUCGUUCGCUCUUUAAAAGCACCCCUCCCACACCAUGCUGUCGUGUCUCCUUUGUUCACUAUAACCACUCGAAUGCGUCGCACACUGCUUUGCCUGACACGAAGCUGCACAAAGCCUUCCGCCCUUGGAACAUCCGUCCAUCCCUUCUCAUCGCCUAUUAUGAAGGUCGCCCGUGUCACUGCCUGGGGCUCGCCCCCUGAAUACAUCUCAGCGCCUGAUCUGCCCCCGCCUUCCCCGACGCAACUCCAGCUGAGAGUCGUCGCUGUAGGUGUGCCACGGGCAGUGCGUGGCCGCGCAUCCGGCCAGCAUCCCAGCGCAAAAGGUGCAGCGCUGCCAUUCGACCCUAGCAUCGACGGGGUCGGACGUGACGACGCUACGGGCGAGCUGUACUUCAUCAACAGUCUGGCAGCGCCGCUGUUCGCGGAACGGGCUAACGUCGAGCGAAGCCAGCUGAUGAAACUGCCAGCGGGUGCAGACCCUGUCGCAAUCGCGGGGUUGUCGAACCCAACAGGCAGCAGCUACAUGGCACUGCGCUGUCGCGCGAUCGGCGGGUGCGCCGGACGCACCGUGGCUAUUCUAGGGGCGACCAGCGCUAGUGGACGUAUCGCCGCCAUGGUUGCACGCCAGCUAGGUGCUACACGGGUGAUCGGGCUGGCGCGCAAUGAGGCAACCCUAGCGGCGGUAGAGGGCCUAGAUGUACGCGUGUGCUUGCGGGACCCCCUAAUCAUCCCGGACGACCUAGGCCCCGUGCAUAUCGUUAUCGACUAUGUUGGUGGGCCGGCUGCAGUGCAGCUGUUACAGGCGCUGCAGCCACCACCCGGCGAGAAUCUCCAGUAUAUCGUUGUGGGCGGGCUGGCCGGUUAUGAACGAAUGGACCUGCCGAUGCGGCUGAUCAACGUAAAGCCGAUCAUCCUCAUGGGAUCCGGUAAAGGAAGCUUGAGUCAGGCCGACUUUGAUCGGGAGAUGCCGGGGCUGGUUAACACACUGGCAAAGAUGGGGCGGACCUUGGAUGUGCUGGCGGUGCCGAUGGCGGACAUACAGUCUGUGUGGGAUUCUGAGGAGGUACAGACGAAGAGGAUGGUUAUUGUGCCCUAG